AUGUCUCUUCUAAUAAAGUUUUAUGCCAGUUUCCUACAAAAUGAACCUAAAAGCAGUAACAUUGCUAAUGAGCUAUUGCAAAGCGCUAAAACUUCUACCAGUGUCUUAUAUAAUUUGGUUACGGUCAUGGGUGUAAGUGAUAAGUUAUUAUGA